CCACAAAUGGAUCCUCACAUCUCCCCAGAGGAUCCCAAUACCCCGCACAAGCACAUCCCAACAUCCCCUCCAAAGCAUCUCAACAUCCCCGCAGUGCAUCGCGCUGUUCCCCCGAGGCUCCCGAUCCCGCUGUGGCCCGGGCUGACCCCUGCGCUUGCCCCUGCCCGGGGAUCCCAUUCCCUCCUCGGCCAUUUCGGGAUCCUCCUCCCCCGCUAAAUUUAGGGUCGGGAUCGGUUCCAGCUCAGCUGUUGCGGCUCCUCCGCAGGCUCCGGGGCCCCGAUCCCGGCCCAGAGGCGGCGGCAGGGGAGGGCUGGCGGAGCAGCCGGAGCCGAUCCUGGCUGGGAGCAGCGCCGUGAUGGAGCCGGGGAAAAAUGCAGCUCUGGAUGAAUGGGAUGCACAAAUCCGGAAAUUACCGGAGGAAUUUGAAAGUGACACUGACCUGGAGGAAUGUGACACGGAGAAUGGGGAACUGGCAGCUGAGAUUGAGCACCUGACAGCCACGCUCGAGGAGCGGGACAGGAGGAUCAGCAAACUGACCUCGGACCUGGGUGAAUCCAACGCCAAACUCAAGGAACGCGAGAGGAAGAUCACCAAACUCGCUGCUGAAAUCCGAAGAUUCACGGCGCUGCUGGCCGAGCGCGACUCCGGGCUCCGGAAGCUCCAAGCAGAGCUCGCCAAGUGCGACGCCACCAUCCGGAUCUUCACGGUGGAGCUCGGGGAGCGACACACGAAAAUCGGGGAACUCACAGCUGACGUGGAGGUCUGCAAUAAAAGGCUCCAGGAACACGAGGCCGAGCUGGAGGCCCGGGACACUCGGAUCCGUGAAAAUGAAGCUGAGAUCAAGCACCUGAAGCAGCUGCUGGAGGAGAAGGAAUCGGCAGCACGAGAACAGGACUCUGUUAUCAGAAAACUGAGGGAGGAGCUCGAGGAAAUCCCCGAGGAGAUGGAGGAAGAACCUGAGGAGGAGGAAGAGGAGGAAGAGGAGGAAGAGGAGGAAGAGGAAAUAGAGGAUAAGGAAAAAGAGAAAGAAGAGGAAGAAGAAGAAGAAGAAGAGGAAAAAGAAGAGGAAGAAGAAGAAGAAGAAGAAGAGGACAAGGAAAAAGAAGAGGAAGAAGAGGAUGAGGAAAAAGAAGAGGAAGAAGGGGACAAGAUAAAACAAGAAGAGGAAGAGUUAAAACAAGAGGAAGAAGAGGAGAAGGAAGCAGGAGAACCCGGCAAAAUAAUGGAAGAACCUGGGGAAGUUGACAAAAACCUCGGUGGGUUCAGUUCCCAUUUCUGGGGUGGAGCUGAAGGAAAAAUAUCCCCAAAUAACCCAAUUUCUCUUUGGUUCCCCAGAGGAGCUCAGGGCAGCGCUGGGAGCUCGAGACGCCAGGAUCGUGGAGCUGUCGGAGGCGCUGGAACAACGGGACAGGCAGAUGGCGGAACUGAACGCGGAGCUCGAGGAAUCCCGAAUACGGAUCUGGCGGUGUCUGGAGGAGCACCGGAAAGAGGAAGAACAAGUGGCCCGGGUCACCCUGGACCCGCUCACCUCCCACCCUCGGCUGCUGCUGUCCCCGGACGGGCUCGGGGCGCGCUGGGCCUACGGCGGCCCCGAGCCCCCUGCGGGCCCCGAGCGCUUCACGGCGGCUCCGUGCGCGCUCGGCAGCCCCGGCUUCACCUCGGGCCGCCACACCUGGACGGUGAGCGUGUCCGAGGGCCCGUUCUGCGCCGUGGGGGUGAGCCGGGAGUCGGUGUCCCGCGGGGAGCCCGCGGCCUUCAGCCCCGCGGCGGGCGUGUGGGCCGUGCAGCGCUGGGGCGGGCAGGGCCGGGCCCUCAGCAGCCCCCCGAGGGCUCUGCCGCGCCUCCCCCGCCGCCUCCGCGUGGCCCUGGACUACGAGCGGGGGCUCGUGGCUUUCUUCGACGGCGACAGCGCCAGCCCCACGCCGCUCUUCGCCUUCCCGGCCGCCGCCUUCGGCGGGGAGCGCGUCCGGCCCUGGUUCUGGCUGGAGCUGGGCGCCGUCUCCAUCGAGCAGUGAUGCCGGGGGUUCCUGAGCUGGGAUGAAAUGUCCUGGAUCCUGGGGGAGCUGGACUCCCUCUCCCUCAUCCAGCCAGCCCCGAAUUCAGGGAAUUCUGCCCGGAGGAUGGAGCAGGCGGCUGGAGGGGCCGGAGGGGGACGGGAAGGGCAGAGCUCCGCUCGCAGCCCGAGGAUCCCGGUGAGGAGAUCUGGAGGGAUCCCCAGAGCCGGGAUCCGCCGAGGGCUGAGCCGAGCCCGCCUGGGAUCGGGGCCGCUCCGGGUGGAUUCCUGCCAUCCUCCCCUUCCCGGAUCCCCGCUGGAGCCCCGGGCAUUCCCCGCUGGAGCCCCGGGCAUUCCCCGCUGGAGCCCCGGGCAUUCCCCGCUGGAGCCCCGGGCAUUCCCCGCUGGAGCCCCGGGCAUUCCCCGCUGGAGCCCCGGGCAUUCCCCGCUGGAGCCCCGGGCAUUCCCCGCUGGAGCCCCGGGCAUUCCCUGCUCAGCCCCGGGCAUUCCCUGCUCAGCCCCGGGCAUUCCCCGCUGGAGCCCCGGGCAUUCCCCGCUGGAGCCCCGGGCAUUCCCUGCUCAGCCCCGGGCAUUCCCUGCUCAGCCCCGGGCAUUCCCUGCUCAGCCCCGGGCAUUCCCUGCUGGAGCCCCGGGCAUUCCCCGCUGGAGCCCCGGGCAUUCCCCGCUGGAGCCCCGGGCAUUCCCCGCUGGAGCCCCGGGCAUUCCCUGAUGGAGCCCCGGGCAUUCCCCGCUGGAGCCCCGGGCAUUCCCUGCUGGAGCCCCGGGCAUUCCCCGCUGGAGCCCCGGGCAUUCCCUGCUGGAGCCCCGGGCAUUCCCCGCUGGAGCCCCGGGCAUUCCCCGCUGGAGCCCCGGGCAUUCCCUGCUCAGCCCCGGGCAUUCCCCGCUGGAGCCCCGGGCAUUCCCCGCUGGAGCCCCGGGCAUUCCCCGCUGGAGCCCCGGGCAUUCCCCGCUGGAGCCCCGGGCAUUCCCUGCUCAGCCCCGGGCAUUCCCUUCUCAGCCCCGGGCAUUCCCCGCUGGAGCCCCGGGCAUUCCCCGCUGGAGCCCCGGGCAUUCCCCGCUGGAGCCCCGGGCAUUCCCUGCUCAGCCCCGGGCAUUCCCCGCUGGAGCCCCGGGCAUUCCCCGCUGGAGCCCCGGGCAUUCCCCGCUGGAGCCCCGGGCAUUCCCCGCUGGAGCCCCGGGCAUUCCCCGCUGGAGCCCCGGGCAUUCCCUGCUCAGCCCCUCGUCCUCCCCUCCCUGCCCAUCCCUGCUGUCCCCCGGGGGUGACCACGGCAUCCUCCCCCGGCAAUAAACCCUGCGGAACUCUCCGGAGCUCGGCUUCCUUCUUCCAGCUGCUUUCUCCUAAAAUCUCGGGAAUUCUGGGCCGUCCUGGCCCGUCGAGUGGAUCCCUCCGGUUAUUUCCAGCCGCUGCUCAGCCCCGGGGCUGUUUCUGCCCGUCCUGCCCGAAAUCCGCGUCUGGAAAAAGACGGAUGGCUCCGCUCCCGGCUUUAUCCGGGAUGGAAAUCCCCGAGCCAGGGCCGGGGACCGGCGUUCCCUUAAACAGGGCUGGCAUUUUCCAGCCGUCCUU